GUGGAUGGCCCUGACUCUCUUGACCACUCUUCCGAGUAGGAUGUCACUGAGAUCCCUCAAAUGGAGCCUCCUGCUGCUGUCCCUCCUGAGUUUCCUUGUGAUGUGGUACCUCAGCCUGCCCCACUACAAUGUGAUAGAACGUGUAAACUGGAUGUACUUCUAUGAGUAUGAGCCAAUUUACAGACAAGACUUUCGCUUCACACUUCUAGAGCAUUCAAACUGCUCUCAUCAAAGCCCAUUUCUUGUCAUCCUGGUGACCUCACACUCUUCAGAUGUGAAAGCCAGACAGGCCAUUAGAGUUACUUGGGGUGAAAAAAAGUCUUGGUGGGGAUAUGAGGUUCUUACAUUUUUUUUACUAGGUCAGCCUGCUGAAAAGGAAGGCAAAGUGUUAGCCCUGUCCUUAGAGGAGGAGCACGUUCUUUAUGGUGACAUAAUACAAGAUUUUUUAGACACGUAUAAUAAUCUGACCUUGAAAACAAUUAUGGCAUUCAGGUGGGUAACUGAGUUUUGCCAUGCCAAGUAUAUCAUGAAGACAGACACUGAUGUUUUCAUCAAUACUGGAAAUUUAGUGAAGUAUCUUUUAAAUGUAAACCAUUCAGAGAAGUUUUUCACAGGUUAUCCUUUAAUUGAUAACUAUUCCUAUAGAGGAUUUUACCAAAAAGCCCAUAUUUCAUACAAAGAGUAUCCCUUCAAGGUGUUUCCUCCCUAUUGCAGUGGGUUGGGUUACAUAAUGUCCAAAGAUUUGGUGCCAAGAAUCUAUGAAAUGAUGAGUCAUGUAAAACCCAUCAAGUUUGAAGAUGUUUAUGUUGGGAUCGGUUUGAGUUUAUUAAACGUGGACAUCCAUAUUCCAGAAGACACAAACCUUUUCUUUUUAUAUAGGAUCCAUUUGGAUGUCUGUCAACUCAGACGUGUGGUUGCAGCCCAUGGCUUUUCUUCCAAGGAAAUUAUCACAUUUUGGCAGGUUAUGCUAAGGAACACCACAUGCCAUUAUUAA